AUGUCUCAACAAGUUAGUGCCAGUAUUAGAAGAAAAUUAGUUAUCGUAGGUGAUGGUGCCUGUGGUAAAACUUGUCUAUUGAUUGUUUUCUCUAAGGGUCAAUUCCCAGAAGUAUAUGUUCCAACUGUUUUUGAAAACUACGUGGCUGAUGUCGAAGUUGACGGACGUCGUGUUGAAUUAGCAUUGUGGGAUACUGCCGGUCAAGAAGAUUACGAUAGAUUAAGACCUCUAUCUUACCCAGAUUCCAAUGUUGUUUUGAUCUGUUUCUCUGUCGACUUGCCAGAUUCCUUAGAAAAUGUUCAAGAAAAAUGGAUUGCUGAAGUUUUACAUUUCUGUCAAGGUGUUCCAAUCAUCUUAGUCGGUUGUAAAGUCGAUUUAAGAAACGAUCCACAAACUUUGGCUGUUUUACAAGAACAAGGUUUACAACCUGUAUCUACAGCUGAGGGUCAAGAAGUUUCAGAAGCUAUCGGUGCCACUGGUUAUUUCGAAUGUUCCGCCAAGACUAAUCAAGGUGUUAGAGAAGUCUUUGAAGCUGCCACUCAAGCUUCUUUAGCUGGCAAAUCAAAAACUAAUGGUAAAGGUAAGAGCAAAGAUAAAAAGGGUAAAAAGAGUGGCGAAAAGAAGAAGAAAAAGUGUGUUUUGUUAUAA